UCCUCUUUCAAGGCCACGGGGUUUUGGAGUAACAUUAUAUAUAUAUACAUGCGCAUAUAUAAGGCAUGCAUUAAGGAAAGAAACUUACAAGGAACUAGAGAGCGUUUUGCCAAGGAAAAAAAAAGUUCUAUUGUGGCCCAAAAACAAAACAAAGUAAAAAAAAAAGAAGGAAGUUGAUGUACCCAAAAUCAAAUCCAAAACACUAAAUUGGGUCCCUCACUUUUGUGUCUUUAUCCAAAAACCUUUUUGUCUCUGUUCCAUUUUUCCGGGUCUUCUCUUCUCCUCUUGGUCUCUCCCUUUUCACACCAGCUCAAUUUGGUUUUGAUAAUUUUUCUCCAGUUAUAUUAUUAAUAUUAUAAUUAUGUCUUCAUCUUCGUCAUCAUCAUCGUUAUCUUCGUCGUUCCAAGGAGGAAAUAAUAAUGCCAAUGCGGGUGCAAGUGGAAGUACAGGUGGUGCUAGUUCGAGCAGGCGAAGAGGUACAGGCUACGAAGGACCCUCUUCGUCUCAGCGGCGUGAGCCCACAAACGAGGACUGGCCUGGCCAUUUCGUUGAAGCUCUCAUCGUCCAAGUCGCUGUUGAGGCUGCUCGCACUAAUGGUCGCCUAGCCGCAGCUCCUGCUCUCGCCACUGUCUUCCUGGUGUGCCCUACGUGGCGUGAAGCCUCACGCUCGGACCAUUUGUGGCAUCGUCUAACUCGUCGCAUCUGGGGUCGGGCCCACCUCCGCCAGAACACGUGGCGUGACGAAUACAUCUAUUGGCAUCAGACGGCAGACAACUUUCGCCUGGGUCACUCCUCCCACACUAUCCUCCAAUUUGACCCCAACGAGGAGGAGGGCCCUGGCAACGGCCUCACUUGCCGCUGCCUCACUCUCUCAGACACCCACCUCGCCUGCGGAUUUUCCGAUGGAUCUGUCCGCCUCUUCUACCUCCCGACGCGCAUUCACGUCAGCACAUUCCGUCCCCGCACCAGGGCCAUCCUAGGACCAUUCUCCCGCGCCAUCACGGGCAUUGUCAUCACGAACAACCAUCGCAUUGUCUUCGGGACUCUUGUCGGAGACAUCCACGUGGCGCUCAUCAACGGCCCCCCUCACACUCGCCGGGUUUACGAGGGCAAUGCGGUCGACGAUGGCGUCUUGGUUGAUUUUACAGGCUGCGGUCGCUGGUGGGUUGGUCUCUACGCCGGUGUACCUGACCGAGCCUUCCACAUCUGGGACGGCAACACAGAGGAACUCGUCUCUGUUGGUGGGGCGUUGACGAACCCGGAGUCGGUCAGGGGUUGGCAGAUGUUGAUCGAGGCGAAUCAGGUAUUAGGCCGAGUCAGAGUCACGAGUCAGGAAUCGGCUGUGGCGUGCACGGCUACGAGGGCCAUGGUGUUAGAUUUGAGGAAUCAUGGGCUAGUCUUGGAUGAUGAGGAGUACGCGACUGGCCUGAUGGUGACAUCGGUCGACGUAAGUAACUCAACAUAUAUUAUUGUAGACAGACGGGGGAAUGCUAGGGUGCGCCGAGCGGGCACGUUAGAGGAGCUUUGCCGCUUUAGUGUGAGGCGUGGGGCAUGGCAAAGAGGGUUGAUGGGGUGUAUGAACCGUGGGUACGCGCUAAUGUGCGGUGGGAGUGCGAUUAGGGUGUGGGAGAUAGAACGGGGUCAUUACCUCUACAGAUUCCCCGAGCAGAUUGAGGAGGUGAGUGCGAUGGUGGCUGACGAACGACACGUCGUUGCGUGCUCCAGCGACAGUACGUUGCAUCUCUGGGACUUCGGUGCUCAAUGAAAAUUGAGGGGAAGGGACCCACUUGAUGUAUGGUGAUAUGGUAGUGAUGCUGGGCUGACUAGGAUAAUAAAUUUAACAAAAAAAAAAAAAAAAGAAAGGGAAAGAAGGAAAGUAGAUGUACUUUUAUCGUCUUUUUCAUUGAUGUAAUUGAGAGGGAAAUAGAGAUUAGUGGAUGGGCGUGGGAUACGCUAUUUUGGGGACCUUUUAGUACGAGAGACUGGAUUUGACCCUUAGUCUAGAGUAGAGACUAAUAACUGACUUUUUUCUUCUUCUUUUAGUUUGUAUUUUUAAAAUUACUUUUAUUGGUUAGUUUUUGGUUUGUAUAGUUUGAUGUCUCUCUCCUACGCCUUCUAGGUUUCUUUCAUGUCCGACCGGUUGCUUUCGUAUGUACUCUGUAUUGUCGUUUGUUUAUGGGCGGUGUAUUUAGUGGGCAUUUGUAAUUUUAAUUUUUUUAUUUUUAAUACCUUCAAAUUGGGAGGUGGGGUUUUCUUUUCUAUGGAAAGAUGGCUAAAGCAAAAUGGCUGUUCCUUUUACUGUACGGUCUUGUAGAACUUGUGUUCGUGUUCCUAUGAUCUCCUUAGCAUAUGCUAAAAUUUCAUUCUAUUUUUAUUA